AAGCGUAGAUGUUGGAUUAAAUAAUAGUGGGUAAGUUUUUAUACUAGUAUUUUUUUUCCGAAAUUAAAUUUUUAAAGUUACGCACAUACGUGGGGGGCGAGAAGUGGCUGAGCAAUAUGAAUAUGAGAAGUAUCAGUCGGAGAGGAUUGCUGCCUAGACAAAGACUCUAGUCUAUAAAAGGGCACCGGCCAAUGCAAAUAUGCAUUGCACUGAAAAAUACCUCUUCUUGAAAGCUAGAUCUUGCUAUAAUCAAGAGAUAUCUUGGAGUGAAAUAAUGGCGUCAUCGGUUCUGGCUGGUAAGCUUGAGACUGAUGUAGAGAUCAAGGCUUCUCCCCAACAGUUUCAUGAUAUGUUCAGCAACAAACCGCACCAUGUUCACCAUACUUGCAACGACAAGAUACAGGGAUGUGAUUUACAUGAGGGUGAUUGGGGGACCGUCGGUUCCAUUGUCUGCUGGAGUUAUGUGCAUGAUGGAAAGGCUAAAAAAGCAAAGGAGUUAGUUGAAGCGAUAGACGCUGAGAAAAACUCCAUCACUUUCAGAGUGCUUGAAGGAGAUCUGAUGAAGGAGUACAAGAGCUUUUCAAUCACAAUUCAAGCUUCACCCAAGAGCGGUGGUCAGGGAAGUAUAGUGCACUGGACUUUGGAAUACGAAAAGCUGCACGAAGGCAUUUCACAUCCAGAGACACUGCUCCAAUUUGUAGUUGAUGUCUCCAAAGGCAUCGACUCUUACCUCACCCAAGCAAAUUAAUUUGAAUCCCAUGUUGAAUUAUGUGCUGUUACUACUGCUACUACUACUACUACUGGUACUGAUCUAAGAAUAAACUUGACAGCUUUCCUCUCAGUUCUAGUUUGAAUAUUUGUAUAUAUGUUGGAAUCGAUCUGCUGUCAAGAGGGGAAACUUUGUAUGUUCUCGUAUGUUUGUUGUUUUGCGUAUCGAAUUGAAUGUGUUUUGCGCUUCUAUUUGUGUGAUAUAUAUGUAUGAUUUCAUAAUUUCUUAUUUUCUUUCUACUUUUUUGUGCUAUUUUUGGUUUUUCCCUGGGAGAUAGUGUAUUUGAGAUUCGAUGCUCCUUGAUGUUUAAA